AUGCUGCGGUCCACGAAUGUCAUCGCCGUUGGCCGUCAAUCAUCAAGAAACUUGAGAUGGUAUAACUUCUAAUGUUUUCAGUUAUUUGGUUGAAUUUUGGUGAGAAAGAGAGAAUUAUCAAGCCUUUUUCUCAGCCUAAUGGUGUAAAACGAAAUUUUUUUGGCUUUUUUUUUUCUUUUCAGUGAUUUAUAAAUUUCAGCAAGCAUUCUUUGACGGGUGAUGACUACCAGUUCCUUCAGAGAAGCGAGAUCCCGUCCUAUCACUUCCAAAAAAGUUUGCGUCGUUUGCCGAUCCCCAAACUUGUCGACAGUGUCAAAAGGUUUGUUUUUUCUCACCUCAAACUUGAAAAUCUCUCAGGUAUUUGGCUGCGGCAAAGGUCGUACUUCCUGGAGACGUUUACAACAAGACGGAAAAAUCGAUCCGAGAGUUUGAGAAGAGCGAAGGACCUGGUGAGUUUCUGUGAUGUUUGGCCUUAUUCAAAAUCUGGUUCAGAACUGCAAAAAGGCCUGUUGGAGUACGACCGGAACCACAAGGACACGAGUUACAUCUCGGAGCCUUGGUUCGACAUGUACCUGAGAGACAGAGUUCCAGUGGCCGUCAACUACAACCCCUUCAUGAUGUACGCUCCUGACCCCGACAACAAGUUCAACCACCAGGUUCUACUUCUGAAGUCCCUUAAGGCUGAAAUCACUCUCAAUAGCUCUCCCGAGCCACCAACUUUGCCAUCUCCUACGCGCGUUUCAAGCGUUCUUUGGAUAAGAAUGUUCUGGCCCCGGAAGUUUUCCACUUGAACCCAAAGCAAAGCGACACGAAGCUGUUCCGGACAGUUUGCAAGUGAGGCUCACCAUUAUGACCCCAUAAAAGAAUCUCCUUCAGAACGCUGCCGCCGAGCCUUUCUUGGUUCGGGGCCGUUGCCUUCAAGGCCUUUCCACUGGACAUGAGUCAGUACAAGUCUUUGUUCAACGGCACACGCGUUCCCAAAAAAGACAAGGACUUUCUAUAUUCAGUUUUUAUCAUUUUCCUCUUCUUUUCACGAUUUUUGAUUGGCAGGACACCACUCAGAAACACUUUCUCGUCAUGUACAAGGGUGCCUUAUUUGCCGUUAGAAUCUUCGACGAUAAAGGUACUUUUACGGAGAAAUGACCCUGAUCAAAGCGAAUUAAGGGGAAAUCUUGCCGGCCGAAGAAGUUCAGGCUUCUCUUGCCCAUAUUCUGCAGAAUACGGAGGAGAAGCCGAACGACUCCUGCGUCGGUAGCUCUUUCCAAUUCGAAAAGUUGUAUUUUUGAACAUCUGAAGGGUCGCUGACUUCAUUGGAACGCAAUUUGUGGGCACAAACUCGACAGGAGUUGGAAGCGGCCGGAAACGGCGAAAAUCUUAAGAAAGUUGGUUUUUUUUUCACUAUUUUGGCGAUCAUUUUGGAAGUUUAGAUUGAUGGUGCACUUUUUGCAAUUUGUCUUGACGAUUUGAAAACUCAAGAUCAUAAGAGGUUCGAUUUUCUUCAGAAAAGCUUUUGAUAAAUUUUUUGAAGACUGGUCAAAUCUUUGCUGAUCGGAGACGAGGCCAAAAACCGAUGGUUCGACAAAUGUUUCCAGUUGAUCGUCGACGGUUUUUAUAUCCUCAAACUCGUCAAGAUUGUUCAUUUCUUCAGCCAACGGCCAGGCAACUAUCAACUUCGAACAUUCUUGGGGCGACGGCGUCGCUGUUCUUCGUCUCAUGGAAGAGUCCUUCAGGUGAGACAAACUGCAGGAAAUCUUUCAAAUGGGUUUUAUUAUCAAAAAUAGUUGAGAUUGUGUUAGAACGAUUCAAUAAAUGAAUCUUUACCUUGUGAAUUGGUCAGAAGCUCUUUCUUUUGGUGCUGAUGGAUUUAUUCGGCUUUUCAGCCUCCUUUUCCUUAACAUUCCCCUCUCAAUUAUUCUAUUUAUUCUUUGAAAAAAAUGAAAAUUUCAACAAGGAGAGAAGAAAAUAGAAAGAUCUUCGAAAGUCUUAUUUAGCGAAUCCUCUUUCUGGCCGAAUUCGUUUUGGGAAACAAAAAUGUUUAAGAGACACGAACAAGCAUCAUUUUGUCGGUCCUGACGACACUCCAACGUCUCCGAAGCAAGAAAAUGUCAAAGAGAUCGGUAUGUUCGAAGAUUUGAUUUUUCAUCUUAAAAACUUUUCCUCAGAGUUCAAACUGACGGAUUCUUUGAAAAAACGGAUAGAAGAUGCGCAAAAGUCUCACGUCGAGGCCAACGCGGACCUCGACUUCGCCACCAUGGAAUUUCCUGGUCUCACGCGUGGAUCCAUCAAGAAGACCAAGCUUUCCCCGGAUUCCGUUAUGCAACUGGCCAUUCAGGUAUAGUUCUCUCAAUGUUUCUGAUCUCCGCUCCUUUUGUAGAUCGCCUUCUAUAAAACAUACAAGGAAUUCGUACCGACCUAUGAAUCUUGUUCAACUGCAGCUUUCCUGAAAGGCCGCACCGAAUGCAUGAGGUAAAAGGAUACUGCCACAGAAAAAUUAUUUCAUUGAAAAGGUAUCAUAGCAGAACUAUUUAUUGAAACUUGAGGAAGUUUUGCAGUUUUUUUUUUGAUGUCUUUGAAUUUCGAAAACACAUUUUUCAGUUUUUGUAUUUCAGUUUCGCGUUAUGAAGCCCAAAAGUUUUUCAAUUUCACGAAAGAAAAGAGAAAUUUAAGCGUGUCAUGAAUCGGUUAAAACGCAACUAUGUGAUAUUCUUUUUCCACGAAAUCUAAGGACCCUAAGUUAUUUCUCUGAAAAUUUUCUGAUGAGUUUUUCAACGAGCUGAAAAGCAAAAAGUAAAAGCCUGUUAAAUCUGAUGUUUAGAUUGAAAAUCUUUACAAAGUUUUCCUGAAGGGCAAAUCCGGUCUAGUUUCUGUUCACCUAAUUUUGCUUUUCUUUUUCUCUUCACCUAAUUUUUUAUCUAAGCUUUUGCGGGCUUUUCUAGCAAAUGAUUGGAUUUUCCAGAUCGGCGACGGCUGCGACACGAGAAGCGACAUUGGCGAUUGUGGAAGGCAAAAAAGACGUCCUUCCAUUGCUCACCGAAUGUUCGAAUCAGCACGGUCAACUAGUCAAAGAAGCCUCUAUGGGUCUCGUUUCCUCUCAUUUCCCUCAGAGGAAAAAUGUUUAGGCCAGGGAUUCGAUCGGCACCUUCUUGGUCUGAAAAUCACUGCUCAGAGACAAGGAAAAGAUCUCCCUCAGUUCUUUGAGGUGGGUUUUGGAGUUUGUCGAAUAUUUAGUUGGGAAGUAUCAAAAUACUAAUAUUUUAUUAUGACGUCGUGUUUAUAAAACACUUGGAAUAGAAAUUUUUUUCGAAAUCGGGAACAAUUCCAUUAAGAAAAGGAAAAAAAUGAAAUUUAAAAAAAUCGUUGAGCUUUUAAAUUUCUUCCAGGCCUUUUGAAAAAAAUACAUGCUGUUGAGUAGAAAAAGUUUAUGUUUUGAACGAAUUACUUUUUUUCAGGAUAGCGGAAGAAAAAAAGAUGAAUUAUUUCUCCAGUUUGUUGUUUGAUUUUUUUAAAAAGGGACUGAGAGAGAUUUUUUUAUAGUACACUUGAUGUGAUCUCAGUAAGAGUUUUUUUCGAGACGGAGGGUCAAUAAUUUAUUUAAUUUUUUUACAAAAAGUUCAUUUUGAGGACGACGGAUACAAGCGAAUGGGCCAGUUCGUCCUCUCGACAAGUACUCUUUCCACGGAAACUAUCGUCUUUGGUGGUUUCUAUUUCAGGAUUUCCUCUUCUAAAAGUCAUGAAAUCCAGGAUUUGGCCCAGUUGUGAAGGACGGCUUCGGAAUCGGCUACAACGUAGUCGCCUCCAAACUCGGCGCCGUAAUUUCAAGCAACAAGGUGCUCCUUUUUUCGACUUUCCUCCGAUAUCCAUUGAUUGCAGUCAAAACGCGACGCCGCCAAGUUCUCGGAAGCUCUUCACGAAAGUUUGGAUUUGCUCAAGAGAAUCCUCAAAGUUUGA